AUGUCCGAAUUACCAGCUUUGGAAGGUGAUUAUGAUGAACCUACAACAUCUAGACCAAGAUCACCUACACGUUAUAACAUUGAAAAAAAUCUUGACAAUGUGGAUUUAGGAGUACUGAAGGAUAUGGGCUACCCAAGACCAAAUGAUUUUUUUGAUACUAACCCUGAAAGACUUAGAGAAAUACGUGAUGAAGUAAAAAAUGAUGUAAAAGUUACUACAGGGCAAAUAGCUGGUUUGAAGAGAAAAAAACAAAAAACAGAAGAUGAAAAAAUGGAAAUAGAAUUUAUUCAAAUGCAAAAAGAUUUACUACAUAAAUACAAAAACAUUCUUGAACUUUAUUUAGGUUCGCUUGAGUAUAAAAUGGGUCAAGGAAUGAUUUACUAUAACAACCCACAUCAACUUCUAAACAGACUUGAAUUACUUGGUGGUUCAAUUCUAGCUGGGAAUAAUGGUGUAAAACCUGAGUUUUCUCAAAUAGCACAUCUUCUCAACCAAAUGAAAGUGAUCUCAAAAAAACAGCUAAAUAAUUUAAUAAAAACUUAUAUAUAAGGGGAACAGCCCUUAACACCCCUCCCUCUAAGGGGAACAGCCCCUAACACCCCUCCCUCUCAAAAUAAUAUAGUUAUUAGAUAUAAUGGAAGAACGAGCUAUUCACAUUUCUUCGAUAAACAGAGAAAAAAGAGGAACAAGCAGACCUGGUGAUUUUACUAUCAAAUUUAACCCAUCUUUGAAACUUGACCCUGAAAAGAAACAUCAACUUGCUCUUGAUCGGUUGUCCAUGACUUAUUCUUGGUACAACAUUAGAAGUGAUUAUGGAAACAAUAAAAUCAAAUACACUCAUGAUGGAACCAACUGGCAAACAAUUACUUUUACAGAUGGAAUGUAUUCCUACUCAGAUAUCAAUGAUUACAUUCAUCAAUAUAUGUCUCAAAAGUCUCACCACUCAACUGAUUCUAAAGGUUCAAAGAAGUAUUCAAUCAAUCUAACUUUUAUACUAUCAACCUAUCGUGUGUUAGUAUCACUCGAUGGUGAUUAUCAACUUGAUCUGAGAGGAACAGAAUUUGGAGACCUGAUUGGAUUUGAAAAGAAACUCAUUACUAAAACAGAGUAUGGAUCAAAACUACCAAAUAUCACAAAUUCGAUUGAUGUGUUAAAUAUCAACACAACUGCAAUAACUGAUAGUAUUGUAAAUGGAAUAAAUACAAAUACCAUAGCUGUGAUACCAACUGAUAAUCUAACAAGGUCUUAUCCAUUUACUUUCGAACCUAAAAGACCAUUGUAUUGUCCUGUCUCUUCAUUUCACAUUGAUGAAAUGAGAAUCUAUGUUACAGACUCACUUGGAAGACCUGUAAAUUUCAACGGUAUAGAUUGGUUUAUGACUUUGAUACUUCACUCCAUGUAGGGGGUGGGGGAAACCUACGGUUCCCCCCUACGACCCCCCUCCCUUAAAAGAAAUAUAAACAUUAGAUAAAAAAAUGAUGCGACAAUCAGAGUAUAAAAAGAAACUUGACCCUGAAUUGGGUAUUUUUACAAGACAACAUAUUUAUGGUGAAGGAAUAACAGAUGUUUUUAAAUCGUUUGGUAAAAAAAUAUUUGGAAAGACAGUGAAAAAAGCCGCUAAAAAAGGCGUUGAAAAAGCAGUAACAGCAGCCGCAACAAAAACCGGUGAACAUGUUGGUAAAAAGGCCGGUGAUAAAAUAGUCCAAUUGUUAUCAAACGGGGGGGUUGCCUCCCGGAGCCCCCGAAACCCCCCUGCAAAAAAAGUUACUUUUAACGAAAAUGUUGAGACAAUUCCAAGUAAAAAAGAGAUAAAUCAAAGAGUAAAUGCCAUUCUUAGUGGAGGUUCAACACGUAAGAGAAAAUUAUAUAAUUAUUAAAAUAAAAUGAAGUCCUUUAGAAAUCCAAAAUAUUUAGAAAGAUAUGAGGAUGUUGUUUAUGACCUGGAACAGGCUCUAGAUACAGCCCCAGCAAAUAACGCUCACCAAACUAAAACUGGCCUUAGAUUUGUAGCUGAUAAUACAGGAGAAUCCACUCCUUUUGAUUGGUAUAACGCACGAUUAUCAAUGGAUUUUAAAGUAAAUAAACUAGCAAACGGAGCAAACAUUGCGGUUACUGACCAUAAUGGAAUUGUAAAUGGUAGUAACUCCUUUAUACAAAAAUUUAGUAUAAUAGCAAAUGGAAGAGAAGUUUAUAGUUGUAAUUAUGCGAAUCAUGUUGUAAAUAUCAAGAAUUUACUCGAAUAUAAUCCUGCAUAUGUGGAAAGUGUUGCUGCAAAU